AAUUUUAAGAAAAAAAAAAAAAUAAAAUUUUGUUGUUUUGUAAAAUUUUUUCGGACAAAUUUUAGAGAUCCCAACGAAAUUCCUCCAAUAACCAGACUAACAAUGUCUUUACAUCUUUGUCCCUGCCAGCUAAGCACGGAACCCAUUGUGCUCGUGCACGGCGGUGCGGGUAACAUCAACGAUGCCCAAGUACCGGUGGCUAUGUAUGGCGUCAAGACGGCCGCACGCGUCGGUUAUGAGACACUCAAAUGUGGUGGUAGCGUAUUGGAUGCCGUACAGGAGGCGGUACGCUCAAUGGAACUGAAUCCACAAUUCAAUGCCGGCUAUGGUGCAGUUCUCACCUGGGAGGGCAAAGUAGAAAUGGAUGCAGCUAUUAUGAAUGUUGUAGACUUGAACGCGGGUUGCGUAUCGGUUGUGCGGGAUAUUUAUCAUCCUAUCGAUUUGGCGCGUCGUGUUAUGGAAAAGACUCGUCACAAAUUCCUCUCAGGCGAGGGAGCAAUGCUUUUUGCCAAUGAAGAGAACUUCGAAAUAUUACCCGAAGGCGCUUUGGUCACAAAUAAAUCACAGCAAGCACUUGAAGAUUACAAGAACAGUUUGAAUGUAACAACACAGCCAUUGUGCUGCAGCGACUCGAAUGUUGGCUUAUGCAAUUGUGACAUACCACAAGCCCUAUCAUAUUCUGUUUUGAAUGAUUUUCUACGUGAGUUUGGCUCCCAGGGCACAGUGGGUGCUGUGGCUAUCGAUGAACUGGGUAAUUUAGCUGCUGCUACAUCUACUGGUGGUAUAACUGGUAAAAUGCCUGGACGGGUUGGCGAUUCACCAAUAUUGGGCGCGGGUACGUAUGCUGAUAAUGAAGUGGGCGCCAUAUCGGUCACGGGUCACGGCGAGACCAUAAUGCGUUAUAAUGUGGCUUCACGCAUUUUGGGUUUAAUCAAAUAUGAGAAUAUGACGGCUGAAGAGGCGUCCGCAAAGGUCUUGAAUGACAUGACAGAGCGUUUCGAGCAGAGUGCCGGCGUAAUUAGUAUCGAUAAGAGUGGCACGGUGGGCAUCAACUUUACAUCGAAGCGCAUGAGUUGGGCUUAUCAACGCGGUGAGGAGCUGCAUUACGGCGCCGAUCGUGACGAAGAUAAUGUAGAUAUAGUUGGACAGCCGCGUCUCAAUGCUCUGGACUUGUGCGUUUAAGAUUUGCGUUUAAGCGGCUGUUGUUGUGUGUGAGACGUCUGGUUUUUUGUGUAAAUGCUAAAUUUCAAGUAAUAAAAAUUAGUUUAAAUGUAAA